UCUUUGGGUAAUUAUCUCUAGAGUGAAAAUGGAGGCAAAGGUGUUGAAGCUAACGUGCUUACUUCCCCCGCCAUUACCAACUCACCCCGCAGUGCUCGCUAGGCUUCCAGUGCUUCCAUUCUCUUCUCCUUUUAAACCCAAGUACUCAUCCCUCUCAGUUCUGAGGAGGAGCGUGAGCAAAGAUGAACCGCUCAUAGAUGGGCUUCCGAAGGAGUAUUAUGAUGAUGAAUGGCAAGCCCGGCAGCGGGAGACGACAAAGGAGUUGCAUAGAAGACGUCAAGAGGAAGAUGAAGAAGAGGAAAGAAAGGUCCAAGAGUAUCGUGAAAUGGCCAUGCGUUUGCAGGGAUAUCCGGAACAAGAUGUCAAAAAAGCACGGAGAUUAGUUUCAAGCUUCAUCAUAGCUGCUGAAGAAGUGGAAGAGAAAAUUGAGGAAGCUGCAGAGAGAGGAGAACUCACUGAACUUGUACUGAUGGUCAUAUGGAAUCGCCUUGAUCUUGCUCGCAGAGAUGAGGAAAAGGAUGCUAUAAGAAGUCUUGAUCUGUUAUACAGAAGGGUUGAGACUGAGAUUCUGAAAAGGGAGGCCACCCCUGCCAUGAGACUGCUCAAUGAUCUUUUGAGUAUCCAUGAUGAGUUUGGUGACGAAGGCUGGCUGAAGGAAUGCAAAAAGCUCAUGGUUGAUACCUUUCCAAGAGAGGAUCCGUUUAGCAUUCUUGUUCCAGCAGGAUUUGACAUUGAUAAGCAUCAAGGGCCAAUUCGACCUCCACUUGAGGAUGAUGAUACACUUUUGAGGGUAGACUUUGUUAGAGAGGUUGAUGCGUUGCUACAAGAGGUCCGGUGUGAACUAAGUGAAGCACAGAAUGCACAAGGGUUUGAUCCUGAAUCUGUUGCAAGUCGGUUGAAGCAGCAGGAGAAAAAACAAACCAUACGUCAAGUAGAAGCUCUGCUAGACCUGGCGAUAAAUUUGAAAUGGUAGACAUACUGUAUCCCUUCUUUGGCCACUUCCCUCUUGUGGGAGAAAGAGGGGAUGUGGAUUUUUCUUUAUUCUAUUUCCCCCUUUCAUGUUUUUCUUUCCUUAAAUAUUUUUGUGGGGGGU